AUGGAUGCUCCUGUAUCCUGGCUGGAAGAUGAAUGCUUGCCAGAAAUGACCUUCCUUGAUGAUACAUGUGAUUCAGAUCUUCCUGGCAGCAUGCUUGCUACUCCUCUUACCAGCCGUGAUGCAGAGUUGACUAGCAAUGAGCCACAACCAAGGCCAAAAACAUCUGGGUUUGUGAACGGCGCGUUCACCUCCCUCCAGCCCGCGCAGUUGAGUUCCUCCACCGAUUUGAGCACCACUGCUCAAAUACAAAGCCCUCAGAAUAAGACCCUGGAUCUUCCCCAAUUUAAUGUAAACAGUCCCAAAGAGGAGAGCGAGGCUGCAGUUCAGGCAAUUUCGGUCUCAAAGAACAUCACCGAAUCUUCCCUUGAAAUUACUCAAAAUUGCUCCGCUGUAAAGACAAGUGGUCCAGGUGAUAUGCAGAACGCCACUUUUGAUAGACAUUCUCUUCAAAAAUCCAGUGUCGCUGGUGCUACAACCUUUUGCCUCCAAAACAACACUUUUGAUUCUAAGCCUCCUCCCAUGCAGAAUGGCACAAUAACUUUGUCAGAAUCAAGCUCAAGUGACGGUAACCAGAACACUUUCGACAAGCCCUCUCCUAAUGCAACAAGUAGCCCUAAAGAAAACAAUUCUGAAGUCCACCAUCCUGAACCGUUUAGACAUAAUGGGACUACAACUACAGACUCUAAUGCCAAGAUGGUUGACACCCCUGAGAGCACGUUUGAAGCUAAUCCAGCUGUUGCGGUGGCUUCUGGAGCUGGCCGACGUGAAUCAGGUCUGCCUGUGACAAAUGGUCUUUCCAAUAGUUUGGGCCAUCAAAGCAUGGAUUUGGAAAACAGCAAAGCAAACACAUUGAAUUGGGAUGAUACCCUAGAUUUAAAGGCAGACUCUUUGAUCACUUCAACACCAAUGACUAACUGUAAAAUUUUGAAUGUGUACACUCAACGAGACAAGGUCAAAACCAUAACGGCACAGAAAAAACUGUAUGGGGAUGGUCAGGUGCCAUCAGACGUUCCAUCAAACAUAAUCUGUGACCGUAAAACAUUCUUGCCGCAUCCAGCUGCUCAAUCCCUUUUGCCUCCUUCGAGUGCUGCAUCCCAGUUGUUGAAACACAAGCCGCCCUCUGCACUUCCAGGGAGGUUUGAGGCGUUGACAUUAGGCCUGCCCAUGACGAGACAAAGAACCCUAGCCGAAGUUUUGAGAUGUACUUCUGCUCCUGAUCCUCCCCAGACCACAGGAAUAUCAAGCUCUUACAAGUUACGUGCGACAACAACAGGAUCCAAGCAACCUCAUUCAGGCUUGCAGAGACCGCAGUUGAGUGGCAUACCAUCAGGCAUCCAGAGAGCUGCAACAGGUCUCAGGCCGCCAUCAGUGAGAAACAACACAUCAGCUUCUUUAAGCACUAAUAAACUUCGUGGACCUACUACAGCAGCUACUAACCCUGUGACGAAGACUUCACAAGCAAAGAAGCAACGCUUAACCAGAGGGGAAGCUUUGCCAAUAGCAAAGAGAAAGAAAAUGACCUGUAAUGUAAAAAUGGAUACUCCCUUACCGUAUGGUAGUGGUGAAACCUCACCAUCUUCCUGUGAUGCUGCAAAUGCAUCCAAAAACCUGAAACGGCCCACAACCAGUAAGAGAGCUUUGCCAGCUAAAACCCAAAGGGAUGAUGCUGCAAUGCGAGCCAGUACUGCUGCUGAAAUCUCAACAUCUUGCGAUGCUGCUAGCAGAGCGAAACUGAAACUGCCUACGAGCAGCCAUAAAGCUCUGCUCGCUAAACCCAAAGGCCAUGGUUGCGCCAACUGCGUCAUGCUUGAACAACAACUCAAAAUGAAAUCAGAAGAAAUAAGGAAACUGAAUGAAGCGCUGCUGAAGAAAAGUAAAGAAGAGGAAGCAUAAAAGUAUAUUAAUGAACUGCUGUAAAAUUAAGAUUAUGAUUUUAUUAAUAAACCUAAGGGUCCACUUCUUACUCUGAAAGUUAUGCAUGCUUCAUCUGUGAUAUUUGAAUAAAUAUGUGAAGUAUCUGAA